AUGGAGAAUAAUCCUGUAAACUUGGGUCAAAUUGAUCCUAGACUUCGAGAUGAAUCUACUUCAUUUGCGCAACCUCAACAGUCCCAACAGCAUCAACAGCCACAACCCCAAAUCGAAAUCCACAAUCUGAACACUCAAAUUCCUACGAGCGCACCUCGAUUGUCUGGUCCAUCACCAACCCAGCUCACACAGCUACAGCAGUAUCAUCAAUCUAGCCACGAUGGAAUCCAAUCUCAAAUGUAUAUGCCCCAAACACCCCAAUCAGCGGGUCAUACGCCAGAUGAUGGAGAUAUGCUCGCAGACUCAUCGGCUGAUGCAAAGCGACCAAGAGCUUGCGAAGCUUGUCGAGGAUUGAAAGUCAAAUGCGAACCUGAUAUAAACAAUUUUGAUGGUCCUUGCAAACGAUGCGCCAAAGCCUCCCGCCAAUGCGUCGUUACCGUACCAAGUCGAAAGCGACAGAAGAAGGCAGAUAGUCGAGUAGCUGAAUUAGAGAAGAAGAUUGAUGCAUUGACAGCUACACUGCAAGCGACAAAAUCGGCAUCUUUACCAGCAAGCCACGGCCCGGGAGUCGAAAAUUGUCUUGAGGAGCAUGGCCAACAUAUUUCAGCGAGGCAAAACCCAUACGAGCAGGUCACAAAUGGAGGUUUUGGAUCACCUUUCUCUAGCCAUCCCGAAUCGAGGUUGAACUCGACCGAUUGGUCUAGCUAUCCUAAAGCUCCCCAAUCCGAAAAUCAGACAUUAUCUGCACCCCCGAUGGUGAUGGCAGGGCAGAAGAGGAAGCAUGCCGAGAGUCGAGAUGAGAUCCCGGCUGACUCUUUCAUGACUGCCGGUUCUUUAGGACAGAAAACUCCUGACUCUAACCUACAACAAUCACCUUGGCAUGCGCCGCAAAAACAACAGACCCCUGCCCACGAGUAUGCGGAUGUUGUGGAUCGAGGCUUGAUAACGGCCGAUAUUGCUACCACAAUGUUUAAGUGUUAUGUUGAAAGAAUGGCCCACCAUAUGCCUGCUGUCGUAUUCCCCCCCGGCACUACUGCUGCAGAAAUUCGCAAGACAAAGCCGAUCUUAUUUCUAGCUAUCCUCAGCGCCAGCUCUGGCACAAACUACCCAUCACUUCAGAAACAAUUGACAAAGGAAGUGAUGAUCAUAUAUGCAGAUCGCAUAAUUUGCAAUGGUGAGAAGACAUUGGAGCUUAUACAGGCUCUUCUUAUUAGUACCCUCUGGUAUUGGCCACCUGAACAUUUCGAGGAGCUAAAAUUCUACCAACUUAUCCACAUCGCGGCCGUCAUGGCAAUUGAUAUUGGAAUGGGCAAGAAAGGGAAAAGCGGCAAGACUGAUAAAAUGAAAAGCGCAGGAUUGUGGAGAGAUCAUCCGUGGCGACGAACACCAUAUCCCGACCCUGAAACUAUCGAGGCAAGACGUACUUGGAUGGGCUGCUACUUUUUAUGUUGUAACGCGUCUAUGGCUCUACGUCGACCAAAUCUCAUCCGAUGGACCUCAUUCAUGGCGGAAUCUGUUGACAUACUUGAGCACUCUCCGGAGGCGGCCCCUACAGAUAGGAUAUUGUGCCAAUGGGUUCGCAGUCAGCGGAUCGCAGAGGAAGUUGGAAUACAAUUUUCAAUGGAUGAUCCAGGUGCGAGCAUCAGUAUCGCCGACCCAAAGGUGCAGUAUGCCCUCAAAGGUUUCGAGCAAGAGCUUGAUAAAUGGAGCAGUUCGAUACCUCCAGAUGUUCAAACACCAUCCUUGAAAUUAACGGAACAUGUAAUCAACCUUUACAUGCAUGAAGUCGCUAUGCACGUCGAUCACAACGUUGAGGAAUUCAAGCCACCCUUUACUGAAGAUACAUUGCAUGGAGCUUCGGAAUCCCCAGAUGUAUUAACCUCGGCUCAUAUUGCCGCUCUGUCUUGUUGCCUAACAUCCAUUGACGGUAUUUUCGAAACUUUUCUGCAAUUUGAUGUUGAGGUCAUUCGAUGCCUUCCGAUUGCACACUUCGUUAGAGUGGCUUAUGCUGUCGUGGUACUGAUCAAGAUGUACUUUGCCGCAGCCAAUCCGAAUGGUGAGUUAGGAAAGGUUUUCAUCAAGGACAACAUGAAGGUAGAGCAUUAUCUCGAUGGUCUAGUCGAGGUCUUCCGCGCCUCUGCGGCCGAUGAGAGAUCUCGACCGGCAGCAAAAUUCUUGAUGGUUCUCAUAAUGUUGAAAACCUGGUUCCAUCGUCAACGAGAGGGCAAAUCAUCGCCUGUGCAAAACACAGAACCCGCCGACCCUACAAAAACUGCCGGUGAUACUUCUGGAGAAGCCACAAUGGAGACGGAUCAAAACUCAACUCGACAAAUGGGAUCACACCGCAACGUACAACAACCAGGUUAUAGCCCCUCCAAUACUCCUCUCCAGCUUCUCAGCGAAGUCGCAACAGGUAAUUCCGGUGGUCCCCGUCCAGAAACCCAAAAUCAAAAUCAAUACGCGAUUCAGCAAAACGACUGGCUAGCACAACAACCAUAUCCCAACUACGACCCAUCUCUAAAUCCCAUGAAUGUCCAAAUGCUACAAGGCUACGGCGAUAUGCCACCAGGAAACAUCGAUCCCUCUCUCGGCAUGGACCUAGGAUUCGCAAUGGGCGAUGGAUUUGAACAGGCAAUGGGUAUAACAUUUGGCGUUGGCGAUAUCGGUAGUUACUUUGGUGAAGAUAUUUUCGGUCAAUUCAUGGGAGGUAGUGUUCCGGGUUUUGAGGGGGGGUUGUAA